AUGAGGGAUAGGCAACAUUAAAUCAUCAGGAUGCUGUUUGUCUUCUUUUUAUGGUCUGUUGGGUUCUUCUUCAAGAUUGGGACAUGCACUGCAGCCCAAUCCGAGCUGAGAAUUACUACAAUCCUGCAAGAGCCUUACACAAUGCCCAAAGGAUCACAAUUGGAAGGCUUUUGCAUGGACUUGCUGUCAGAAGUAGCUAAAAAACUGGACUUCAAAUACAAAGUGCAUCUGGUGAAGGAUGGCUCUUACGGCAGACAAGAUGACAACGGGCGCUGGAAUGGGAUGGUUGGCGAAGUGGUGCGAGGGGAGGCUGACUUGGCGAUCGCUCCGUUGACCCUCACUGCCGCUCGGGAGAAGGCGGUCGGCAUGAGCAAACCCUUCAUGCAGACAGGAAUAAGCAUCCUGCUGAGGAAGGACAUCUCAGAGGGGACCGGAUUCUUUGAUUUCCUCACUCCCUUUUCGGCUGAAACUUGGAUUGGUAUCAUCAUCGCCUACCUGGGAACUGCUGUUUGCUUCGCUAUAGUGGCAAGAGUGAGCCCGAGUGAGUGGAGUCAACCUCAAAGUGAGCAGAACACUUUCAGCCUUCCACACAGCCUAUGGUAUGCUGUUGGGGCGCUAACGCUACAAGGUGCCGGUCCACAUCCCCGCGCUUUCUCCGGACGCGUCAUCUGCUGCAGCUGGUGGCUUUUUGCUAUGGUCAUAUUGGCUUGUUAUUUCUCGAACCUCAGUUCUUCCAAGAGCCCUGAAUCCACCCAGCUGAACGUGAAAGGCUUUGAAGACUUGGCCAAACAGGAUGUGAUCGAGUAUGGCUGCCUGAGUGCCUCCUCUACGCUGGCCUUUUUCAAGAAUUCGGACAACCCAGUGUAUCGCAGGAUUUUCGAGCACAUGGAGAGAAGUAAAAGUCUGGUGUUGACCAUGGAUGAAGGAAUCCGGCGCGCAAAGGAAGGCAACUUUGCCUUUAUUGGAGAGUCUGUGUCUCUGGACUUAGCAGUGGCACGCCACUGCGACCUGGUCAGAGCGCAUGAGGUGGUCGGCAUGAGGGGAUACAGCAUCGCCGCCACUCUUGGAUCCCCCAUCAUAAAGAACCUGAGCGUGGCCAUCCUGCAGCUAAGUGAGGCAGGCGAACUGGCUUAUCUGCAGAGCAAAUGGUGGGCCAGCAGCUGCCUGGAGGACAAGGCCAAGGUGACAGCUUUGCAUCCGCAUAGUCUCAAGGGGAUGUUCGCCGUGCUCGCGCUAGGCCUGACAUUGGGAAUGCUGCUGGCUGUGCUGGAGCUCGCCUCCAGGAGUCGCAGCAGAGCGGAGGAGGAGAAGAAAUCCUUCUGCCGGGUGCUGACUGAAGAACUCAGCCUGCGUUUCAGAAAAAACGACAACAACAGUGCAACAAAGCGAGCUCAAGAGCCUGCUGAAAAAGAGACAGAAAAGGCAUAG